CUAGCAGCGCGGGCUGCUCCAAACAUAACGCGCCACGGAAAGCAUGCAGCUCGGGGGACCCCCCCGCGCCCCGCCUCGGGGGCAGCCUCCCCCGGGGGCCCAGGGCACCCGAGGCCACAGACAGAAGAAGAGCUGGGGCUUAUUCCUAGUGAAAGACUGCGAGCAACACCGCGGCCCGGAGGCUAGGGGAGGCCACCCUCCAGCCCUGACCACGACCUCGACUCGGAGCCCGGGCCGUUCUUCGCAGCGGUCCCUCCAUCUCCACUUCCAAGGCCUUUCCCCCUCUCCUUCCCACAGAGCCUCUCCGGAGCGAGCCCCCUACUCCCAGAAACACAACAGUCGCUCCCCCGCCCCACUCCGGAGCCCCUCCCCGAAGCGAGCCCCCCACCACCAAGAACACCGAAGUCGCUCCCCAGCCCCGCCCCGUAGCCCCUCCCCGAAACGAGCCCCCCACCACCAAGAACACCGAAGUCGCUCCCCAGCCCCGCCCCGUAGCCCCUCCCCCAAAAGAGCUCCCCACCGCCAUGAACACCGAAGUCGCUCCCCAGCCCCGCCCCGUAGCCCCUCCCCCAAGCGAGCCCCCCACCGCCAUGAACACCGAAGUCGCUCCCCAGCCCCGCCCCGUAGCCCCUCCCCAAAGAGAGUCGCCCACCACCACGAACGCUACAGCCGUUCCCCCGCCCCGCCCCGUAGCCCCUCCCCAAAGCGAGACUCCCAUCAUCAUGAACACCGAAGCCGCUCCCCCGCCCCGCCCCGUAGCCCCUCCCCAAAGAGAGUCGCCCACCACCACGAACGCUACAGCCGUUCCCCCGCCCCGCCCCGUAGCCCCUCCCCAAAGCGAGACUCCCAUCAUCAUGAACACCGAAGCCGCUCCCCCGCCCCGCCCCGUAGCCCCUCCCCAAAGAGAGCCUCCCACCACCAUGGACACCGUAGCCCCUCCCCCGGGAGGCCUCUCUACGCCUCGGUUCGUGGCCACGCCCCCGAAAAGGUUUCUGCCCAGCCUCCUGGAGGCCCCGCCCCCCUCUUUCACCAGGCCCCCGAGAGGGCCUACCCCGCCCACUGGUGCUCAGAGAGCUUGGAGGUGCUUCCGGGACAGAGGGCGGAAAAGAUGGCGGCGCCCAUGGAGCUGUACUGCUGGGCUGGGGGCUGGGGCUUGCCGUCCGUGGAUUUGGAGAGCCUCGUGGUGUUGACCUAUGCCAGAUUCACUGGGGCCCCUCUCAAGGUACACAAGAUCACCAACCCCUGGAGGAGCCCCUCAGGAACCUUGCCUGCCCUCCGAACAAGUGAUGCUGGGGUCAUCUCACAGCCACACAAGAUCAUCACUCAUCUAAGGAAACAGAAAUACAAUGCAGACUAUGAUCUUUCAGCCCGGCAGGGGGCAGAUACCUUGGCCUUCAUGUCACUGCUGGAAGAGAAGUUGCUACCUGUGUUGAUCCACACUUUCUGGGUUGAUGCCAAGAACUACGUGGAACUGACUCGAAAGUGGUAUGCUGAAGCCAUGCCCUUCCCCCUCAACCUGUUCUACCCAGGCCGAAUGCAGAAGAAACACCUAGCUCGGCUGCAGCUCUUGUGUGGGGAUCAGAGGCCUGAGGAGGAGGAAGAAGUGGAGAAGGAGCUCUAUCGAGAGGCCCGGGAGUGCCUGACUCUGCUCUCUCAGCGUCUGGGAUCCCAGAAGUUCUUCUUCGGAGACUCUCCUGCCUCCCUGGAUGCCUUUGUCUUCAGCUAUGUGGCCUUGCUGCUUCAGGCUAAGCUGCCUAAUGGGAAACUACAAAGCCAUGUUCGAGGGCUGAGCAACUUGUGUGCUUACUGCACCCAUAUCCUCAGUCUCUACUUCCCUUGGGAUGGAGCUGAAGCACCACCCCCACGCCCAGCACCUUCAGCCUCAGAGACUGACGAAGAACCGUACCGGCGGAGGGGGCAGAUCCUGUCAGUGUUGGCUGGUGUGGCAGCCAUGGUGGGCUAUGCCCUGCUCAGCGGCAUCAUCUCGAUACAGCGGGCAGCUCCUACUCGAACAUCAGGCACCCGGGCCUUGGGUAUCGCUGAGGAAGAGGAGGAUGAAUAACAUCCUGAUGUUCCCUGAACUGACUUUCCUACUGCUGUGCAUUCCAAUUGGCCCCUGUCCGCCCCCAUUUGGGGCACUUCCAGAGGUGGGGUGGCCAUUUCCACCUCCUGGAAUAAAUUUGCUCACAGUG